AUGGCGGAAGGCAACUUGCCUACCGGCCACAUCCAUGGAGAUGUGAAGACUUACCACCCCACAAGUUCCGCUGCGCGUCGUGCUGGGGCCAUCGUUGGUGGGUUCCCGUGUCAGGGAGUAUCCCAAGCUGGAGCCCAAGCGGGGCUGCGUGACGUGCGCAGCUCGCUUGUCAGGGAACUGUUCCGCAUAUAUGAUGAGAGUGAGUCGGUGCGAAUGAUGUUUUUAGAAAACGUUCAAGCCCUUCUCUCUUUGCAGAAGGGCUGCAGAGACCUAUUCUGGUAUCUGGUGAAGGUCAGCGCCUGGAUGAGUCGAGCUUUUUUGAAUAGAGGCUGCGUUCAAGUUCCCCUGUAA